CGGAAGUGAAGCUUUCGCACUGCCACACCGAAACAAACAAGAAGCUGUCAGCCAUUGAGAAGGAGACGAUACUGUUUGUUUGGACGUUUCUUCUGCAGAAAACCAGUCAAAGCUUCUAAAGCUGUUGGACUGAUGACAUGGCGCUGAUUUAUCAGACAGUUUGGAUUCUGUUGGUGUUUUUUGAAACAACCUACGGCUGGAAUCAAGACAGCGUGCUGCUGAGGGACGUCCAGGCUCUGACCCUCUACAGGAACCGCUACACCACAGCGCGGCGCUCCAGCCCAGUCCCUCAGCUGAAGUGUGUCGGCGGCUCUGCAGGCUGCCAUGCCUUCAUCCCUGAGGUGGUUCAGUGUGUAAACAAAGGCUGGGACGGCGUGGAUGUUCAGUGGGAGUGUAAGGCGGACCUGGACAACGCCUACAGGUUCGGCCGUAUCGAGGUGAGCUGCGAGGGAUACAACCACCCCUCUGAUGACUACAUCCUGAAGGGCUCCUGUGGACUGGAGUUCACCCUGGAGCUGACCCAGGAGGGCCAGAGGAGAAGUCCAGGCAGCGCAGGCUCCCAUGGGGGGUUUAAGGAGUGGGGGGGACUCGGAGGUCUGGCCUCUACUUUCUUCAGCAGUUUUUUUGGAAACAAGCGGCACCAGAACCAUAACCAGUACCAUAACCAGUACCAGAACCAGCACCAGAACCAGCACCACUCAGACAGCGAGUCAUCAGGCGGCCUAUUGGUGGUGGCUGUGCUUCUUCUAUUAGCUUAUGGCGUCUACAAGCUGUUCCUCAGCGGGGACGGCGCCCAGUUUGGGCCCGGUGGGGGGCAGGCGGGCUACCCUCAGGGGAACCAUCCCCACAGCAUGGGAGGACCCCCCCCUCCUGGCUUCAAGCCUGACUACACAGACUCUCCAGGAUCCAGUCCAGGAUACGGUUUCCAUAGCGAUUACACCAACGGACAACGGUACCCAGGAGGUCGCGCCGGUCCGGGCACAGGCGGAGGCUUCUGGACUGGGAUGGGGACAGGGGGAAUGCUGGGAUAUCUGUUUGGACGUCAGAGGACGCAGCCGUGCAGCCCUCGUCCAGCCAGUGAUCACCACUCCACUGGGACCCGCACCGCUUCAGGUUUCGGUGGAACCAAAAGAAGAUAGAAGCUGAGCGGAAGCAGCGUCUCCUCAGCAGACCUGAUGAGUGUCUGGAUCUUCCAUAGAGGGACAGAGCAGACUGUUGCUUCUGUUAGAAUCAGACUGCAUCCAUAUUAAAUGGAUAAAGACGGAGGCACCAGUGAAUC